AUGGCAGAGGUUGGAGCUGUCAGGAAGAGAGUGCUGACCCAGAUGACCACUGAUCCCACGAAUCCCUGGACACAAAACUGCUCCCACCCUGGUCUCUCUUGGUGCUUGUUCCUGCCAGGCCUGAUGCUCUUGGUUGGAUGUGUGGGAGCUGCCUUUGGUGUUUGCCAGCUUGGGGAGGUGGUAGCCAAAACAGGUGCUUCUGAUUGUUGGGUGUGCAAGAAGCACCCCCAGAGUGAAGAGAAUUCCCAGCCUGUGGCCAUGGUCUCUAUGCCUCAAAGCCCCCCAGAUGCCCGAACUCUCUACCAGACAUCAUCCAUCCGCUCCUGUUCUGGCUACUCGCUAAAAGCUGUCACGGCAGUCACCCCGAUGCCACUGAAAGCCUUAAGAGCUCUGCAACCUGGACCUCUGGACCAAGAAUGCUGCCACUUUUUCUCCUUCUCCCUAGGAGGAAGGGCCAGCUCUACGUCCCUUGCCAGCCUCAAAGAAAGAAUCCACACUGGGGAGAUUCCUUAUAAAUGCAAGCAAUGUGGAAAGACAUUAGGCUCAUAUCUUGUUCAACAUCAGAGAAUUCCCACUGGGGAGAAACCUUAUGAAUGCAAUCAGAGUGGAAAGACAUUCAGUUAUAGGUCUGUUCUUGCCCUACAUCAGAGAAUCCAUACUUGGGAGAAACCUUAUGAAUGCAAACAAUGUGGAAAAACAUUCAGGGAAAGCUCCAAACUUGCUGUGCAUCAGAGAAUUCACACUGGGAAGAAACCUUAUGAAUGCACUCAGUGUGGAAAGUCAUUCAGUUAUAGCUCUGUUCUUUCUGUACAUCAGAGAAUCCAUACUGCAGAAAAACCUUAUGAAUGUAAUCAGUGUGGAAAGACAUUCAAUCAGAAAUUUAAUCUUGCUGAACAUCAAAGAAUCCACACUGCAGAGAAAGCUUAUGAAUGCACUCAGUGUGGAAAGACAUUCAGUCAGAGACGUGGUCUUGAUGUACAUCAGAGAAUCCAUAAUGCAAAGAAACCUUAUGAAUGUAAUCAGUGUGGAAAGAUAUUCAGUCAGAGCUCACAUCUUGCUAUACAUCGGAGAAUUCAUACUGGGGAGAAACCUUAUGAAUGCAAUCAGUGUGGAAAGACAUUCAGGGACAGCUCUAAUCUUGGUGUACAUCAAAGAAUCCACACUGGGGAGAAACCUUAUGAAUGUAAGCAAUGUGCAAAGAAAUUCAGUCAAAGCUCCAGUCUUGCUGUACAUCAGAGAAUCCAUACUGCAGAGAAACCUUAUGAAUGUAAUCAGUGUGGAAAGACAUUCAAUCAGAAAUUUAAUCUUGCUGAACAUCAAAGAACCCAUACUGCAGAGAAAACUUAUGAAUGCACUGAGUGUGGAAAGACAUUCAGUCAGAGACGUGUUCUUGAUGUACAUCAGAGAAUCCAUAAAGCAAAGAAACCUUAUGAAUGUAAUCAGUGUGGAAAGAUAUUCAGUCAGAACUCACAUCUUGCUAUCCAUCGGAGAAUUCACACUGGGGAGAAACCUUAUGAAUGCAAUCAGUGUGGAAAGACAUUCAGGGACAGCUCUAAUCUUGGUGUACAUCAAAGAAUCCACACUGGGGAGAAACCUUAUGAAUGCAAGCAAUGUGGAAAGACAUUCAGUCAGAGCUCUAAUCUUAUUCAACAUCAGAGAAUCCACACUGGGGAG